AUGGAAGCCGACAUGCGCUUCUCAAUCACGCCCAGAGAAAGAGACUCGUUUCUAGUCCUGGACGACAGAGAGCUGAUGGGAGCCCACAUGGGCAUCCCAAACGGGCACGUGGGCGGCGCUGACGUCAUGAGAACCGGUUCCUCCAAGUUCUACCCACUUGCUCUUUCCGAUAAGGAAAGCGGGGGAUCACUCUGUAAGGAUGAGAGAAGUCGGGAGGGAUUCCGGUCUGAGGUUCCCGCUCUUUCUUCUUCCGGUCACUUUAGGAACGGAAGAGCAGCUAAAUCGGCGGUCUCAUUACCAAGCUGCGCGUGGAGAGGCGAAGGCGGGUUCGAGACGCUGACCAUCGAAGAGGCAGGAGGAAUGCUUCUAGAAUCCGAAUCUUCGCAGGCGGCGCGGAAGCGCUCUUCGAGUACCAAUUCUGAAACGUUCUAUUCAGACUUACCUGGCGAGAGUGCAUCAAGAGCGGAGCGUUCCGCCGAGAAGAGGAACAAAGAGUUAGAGGCCCUGAAAGCGUCAGCUUCGGCGAUCAGUUUCGACUGUUUGCCUACGAGACGUGAACCGAGAGACGUAAAAGCGGGGCAAUCCGACCGGUCAGAAACCAACCAAAGCAAAAUCAGCCGGGUAAUAAGCACGCGGAAGCCAAAGACGUCCGGUAAAAAGUCAGGUGCGAAAAGUAAGUGGGCGAUUGUGAGAAGUCAGGGGGGCCCUUGCUGGCGUUGUGCCCGGGCGGUUUGUACCGUCUGGUACGGCAGCGCGUUCGGUCCCAAGACGGAGUGCUACCCUUGCUACGAAGAAACGCGGCGGCGGGGCCGGAAAAGGCGCGCGCACGGCCCGAGCGGGCAGCCGUGGGAUCCCCCCGGCGAGCUGGUGGGGACAGUUUCAAGCGGCUCCGGCGGAAAGAGACGCUGCUUCCGGCGGAACAGCGGACCAGCGCUCGAGGUGCCUGACUGUUGGGAGGAGAGUCCGGGGCGAACGCCUCUUUUGCUGACGGCUGGAGAGAAAGCGCUUGAGGAGACUCCGGUUGAAAUUCAAGAGAACAGGAAGUACGAAUGCCUCUGGAGCAUACGAGAAGAUUUUGGAGGCUGGAAAGAGGAUCCGGCGGAUGAGGAGGCGGACGUCACGGAAGGGGGGUCUGACGUCAGCCGUCAGGUGGGCAGCGGGAAGAAGCCGCGAGUGCGGAAGUGCGAUGACGUGGCGGCUGGCGAGAGCACGUCUAAAACGGAGGGAGAGUGGGUAACAGCCUCAGAAGGAGACGAGAAUGCUUCGGCGUCAGGACCACAAUCCGUCGGCAUCGCAUCCGACGGUCAGCCCAAGCCCCCAAACCCUGAGGCAGACAACCGAAAAAGCGAUGCGAAAGGCCAAAAGCCUUGUUGGAACUCGAAUUUUCCAGAACCGACGCUUGAUGAUAUUCUAAGCCACUACGAGAUGCUGGAGUCGACCGCGCAGCUUCGAAAGAAGAGCAGAGAGGAGGCGCGAAGAAAGGAACAAACGAGAAACGGUCGGCCAGUCGGCGGAAACGGUUUCAGUAAAAGGGGGCUUUCCGGCGACCUUGCAGCGCCCAGGAGGAGCUGUCGUGUCGCCGCUGUGGAGACCCGGAGGAGAAUGGCACGAGCGAUGGAGCGGAGCGGGGAGAUGCGCGGCGGCGCGCGCGAGCCGGCCGCGGGAGCGCGCGCGCAGAGCGCGGUGUUCUUCGGAGGGACGGUGGCGGACAAGGAGUUUGUGGGCGCGAGCGGGGUGGGAUUCGGCGACUGUCCGCUGUUCGACGAGUUUCUAACGGAAGCGAGGUCGCAGAGAACGGCUGCUGAGGAUGGUCGGCCGCCGGAAGAACGGAGUAAGUCCGCAGCGGAACGGGAGGGCACGAACGGAACGGAACGGACGGAGGAGGCAAAAAGCUCGGGAGAUGCUGCCUUGCGGCGCGUCUGGGAGGACUUCGAUGCUUUUCGGAGGCAGGAAGCGGAAGUGACGGAAGCGGAACGACAGCGGAACGGAGAAAAGAAAGGAGUUGCUAAAGGGCACACUCAUGACGAGUCGUGUGUGAAGAUCGAUCCCGAGUACGGCCGCUUCUGCGGUGUGAACGGGGCCUUCCUCGGGGCGUGCGUGGAUGAACGCCUGGACACACGGGCGUAUUCACACCGCUGGGAAAGAAACUGGAUGGGAAAGGUCUUACCGAAGCUGUGGGCGGAAAGGGAUCCCCCUCCGGGGGGAUGGGACGAGUCGAGAAAGCGCCCGGGGAGAAAGAGGAGAGUAACUCUAGAGGACAUCCCGGAGUGUCCGCUGUCGCACACUUCCGCUGUGAGGGCGGCGGAACGGCGGACUCCGCCGGAGCUGGUCGCGGAGCACGGAUCCGCCGCGGAAGCGGCGUUCUGGGCGGUGCUCGGCGCCCGGCGGAAACCCUUCCGGUCACAAGUGGAAGGGUUUGAAUUUGCGAUGAGGGCUCUGACGGGGUCGGUAGACGGACUGGGAAGCCAAGCGGGAUGCUUGGGAGGGGUGUCGGAAGCGGAGGUUGAGGAAGCCGGAAAGGGUUGCGUCCUGGCGCAUGCGAUGGGCAGUGGGAAGACAAAGCUGGGCUGGGCAUUGUACUGGUGGCUCCAACUCCUGCAGCGCCGACGUAUUAUGACACUAGCCCCCGCCUCCGUGCUCCACGUGUGGGACGACCAAAAGCCGGUGUCAAUCAAAACGUACCGCUUGGAUCGCCCGGGGUACGUACCGGGGACGACGGAAACAGAGAGGAGCCUCAAGCACCGGGUAAAGAUUCUCCAGGAGUGGGCCGGGAAAAAAGACGGAAUGCUCCUCGCGAGUUACGAGACUGUGCGCGCGCUGCUCCGUAGCCGGAGCGCGGGGAGCGCGCGCCUGCGCGCGCAGCUGACGUGGCACCUGCUGGAGGCGCCGGACGUCGCUUUGUUCGACGAGGCGCAUAAUAUCAGGAACAAAGACGGGCAGUUGUACCAGGACUUGUUGCGGGGGCUGCGAAUGCGACGAAGGGUGCUGUUCACAGGUACUCCAUACAACAACUCUUUCACCGAGGUGUGGAACCUGCUCCACUUCGCGCAGCCGGACGUCAUGCUCCAGUGGGCGGCCGACACGCUCUCCAGCCAGGACGAGGAUCCGCCGGCGGAAGCAACGGAAGCAACGGAACAGGAAGCUCGGCGAGCGUUCGUAAGGGAGUUCGAAGAGCCGCUCGUCGAACUCCUCGCGGCCGCUCCCGCGGUGACGCCCCGCGUGCGCGCGCGCGCGGAGCGCCUCUUGCGGGGUUUAAGGGCUUUGAUGGCGCCCAUACUCCAGCGGCGGCCGGCGGCCGCGGACGCUCCUGACGGGCGCGCGCUCGCGCACACGGAGACGGUCGUCAGCCUCAACAUGACGUCACAACAGGAGGAGCUGUACGCCGAGUACAUGAACGCGUUCGUUCCGGCGAACCGGGCUCCGUUGUGGGGACCGUUCCGGGCGGAAGAGGAGGCCGGAGCGGAAAUCGUUCUCCUGGAUAAGGAGACGGAUAGCGAGUCGGACUCAGGGGAGGAUGAAGCCGGUGGGCUUUCCAAAAGCGGCGCGAAACGGAAACGGAAACGGAAAGACCGGAAAAUUGAUAAAAAGCGACAAGGCAAGAACGACGGAGGGCAUACGGAAAGUCACCUGCGCUUCGCAAGCGAGUUGGGGUUCAUUUGGGCGCACCCAGCCGCUUUCGCCAGUCGCUACGCGGACAAGUUUGUCAAGCUUUCAAGAUCGAAAGCCUCCCUGGCGGCCCUCUCCGCUGACGUCAGCGACGCGCACAGCUGCAAGGCGCGUUUCGUCAGCCGGCUGGUCGCCCGGGUGAGGUCUACCGAGCGGGUCCUGGUGUUCGGCGAGAACGUGGAGCCGCUCCGAACAAUCGCCCGGGGGCUGGCGCGGCGGUUCGGUUGGGAGCUGGACGAAUCGAACAUGGACGGGGAUGAGAUACUCUAUAUCGACGGGAACGUCCGUCAGAGCAUUCGGCGAGAGAGGCGCGACCGAUUCAACGAUCCGCAGAGCCGGGCAGUCGUACUGCUGGCGACCGUGGACACGUGUGACGAGGGGAUCGAGCUCUUUGGGGCGACACGUGUCGUCAUCCUGGCGCCCCUGUGGAACCCGAUGCGGGCGCGGCAGCUCAUCGGCCGCGUGGUCCGCCCCGGGCAGACGCGCCACGUGGCAGUCUACCGACUCAUGUGCCGGCGGACGUACGAAGAGGAGAUUUACGCGAGGGCCGUCCGCAAGGAGUGGAUCGGAAGGCUCCUUUUCCCAUCAAGUAAGCCGGGCGGCGACCAGAAGCGGGGCGUUUGUGCGGUGAAGGUCGCCGUGAAUCCAGCUAGGGAGAGCUCGGAUGCGUUCCUGGAUGAACUGAUGCAGGAGAGGAAAGGAGGUGAAAGGGGAUUGGUGCACAGUUGGGUCGAGUAUGACAGCUUCUUUACUUGA